AGGCAACAUACAUCCUCACCUUACAAAGAUGAUGGGAUUAAGAGAUUAAAGACAGGCGUAGGACAUAAUAAGAGUAUUGAUUUGGGAAGUGAUAAAUGUCCAUGAAAUCUUCACAAUUUGUGUUCUUCUGCCAUGGCUUCAUCAGGUCCCUCCGUUCGGGGUCCCUGACUUCCCGCAACACUGGUCUCUUGCACUGAGCUUUGUGAGCUCUUCCAUCCAGGAGGGCCCCCUGGCAUUGACUGGCAUAGGGUUCAGUGGCAGAGAGAGCAUAAGGUGCCCCAUGUCUGUGAUGGGCCAGUAUUCCACGUGGAUCUCAUCACAUGGGUCCAUAGAAGGCGAGCAUCCCUGAGCUGGCACACCCCACCUUCUGCCGGCAUGGAGGGUGAACUCUUUUGCCCAGGAGGACCCCUGGUCUUGAGUGGCAUAGUGAGCUCUUCCCCUAGAAGACCCCCUGGGAUUGACUGGCAUAGAUGGUGUCUAUGGAGGAAGACUUGCCUUUGGGUUGCUGGCUCCAGGCCAGUGGUUGUCAUCCAGGUGCCCAGCCUUGGUGCCCUGAAGCUCAGGCCUUUCCUAGUGCCCUGGUCUCCUGCACUGAGCUGUGGUGAGCACAUCUGGGUCCCACUGGAUGCAUGCGUGGGGAGGAGGGUGCCCUGGGUUGGGUCGAUGAUGAGAACCUUAUAUUGUCUUGAAGAGAGGUGAUGACUUAAAAAUCAUGCUCAAUAGGAUUACGCUGAGGCCCAGCCUAGGUGAAAAUUUUGGAAGAGGAUGCUGGGAUCCCAUGGUCUCCAGCAGGGCCAUGGUAUUUUGGACUGGAGACCUGGAGGCCCUGAAUGGCAUCUUGGGGAUGACCAACCCUGUCUCUGUGCUCGUCCUUGAGGCAGCCCAGUCUCCCUGUGCAGGCUUGGUGUCGGCCCUCCAGUUCCCCGGGGUCAUCACACAUUGGAGUCUCCUUCCUGAGCCCCUGUUCUCCCCUGUGUC